CGCUCAAUGAGGGUACUGGAUCCAGGAGCAGUGUGUAGACUCUACGUGUUCCGACAUCGCUUACAGCAAUCAAUGGUCCUCAUAUACCUUCUGCUCCCCAUCCGCGGUCGAUGGCGUGAAUUACAUGACAGACGGCAGGUGCAGCAUUGAUUUUACUUAGCGUUGGGGGUGGGUGAGCCGGUGUGAUAAGUACUUGCAUAUGUGGUUUCUUUCCACGAAUACCUCUUUCACUGCGUUUCUUCCUACCCUCGUGCUCUUCAAGCGACCUAUUAUCGAGCGAUGGGCGACAUCUCUGGGGAUAUGGCUCACCCCGCUCAAGUGAAGAUUGUUGACCUUUCCCUUGGAUGGUCUUUCAAGCAGACCGAUGACGUCGGCGAAAAUGCCUGGUCUCCUGUCAAGAGGAUACCAUCCACAGUGCAUCAAGACCUCAUCGACAGCAAAAGGUUGGAAGACCCUUUCAUCGGCUUCAACGAGGUCAAGGCUGAAUGGGUUGGUCUGAAAUCGUGGACUUAUCGGACUACCCUGACAAGACCAAAUGUACCACUGUCGGCGAAAGUCAUCUUGGUCUUUGACGGCCUGGACACUUUUGCUCACGUCAAGUUGGGUGGAAGGACCAUUCUGGAAAGUGACAACAUGUUCUUGCCUCACCGAGUAGAUAUUACUGAAGUUAUAAAAUCGAAGGCCAGCCAUGAUCUUCAGAUCGAGUUUGAAUCUGCUUUUCUCAAAGCCAGAGGAAUCAAAGACCAGCAUCCUGAACACAAAUUCAUCUGUUUCAAUGGUGACUCCGCCCGGUUAGCGGUCAGGAAAGCUCAGUACCAUUGGGGUUGGGAUUGGGGUCCUGUAUUGAUGUGUGCGGGAAUCUGGAGGCCUGCGCGACUGGAGAUUUACACUAUCAGAAUAUCCGACCUCAAAGUCGACAUCAGUAUCUCGGAUGACCACAAACUUGCCACAAUUCACGCGACAGCAGAGAUUGAAGGACAUGACGGUUCGCCUGCCCAUCUUUUGGCCGACUUCAACAUAAGUCUGGAUGGUAAGACAAUCUCUUCGGGUUGUGUCAAAUUGGGCCAACACGGGAAAGCUUCUACUCAUCUUGAGGUCCCAAAUCCCGAGUUGUGGAUGCCCCAUGGAUAUGGAAAGCAAACACUGUAUACGGUCAGUGUCACCGCAGUCAGCGACGGCAUGCCGCUACAUACAGUGUCUCGAAGAGUCGGGCUGCGCAAGAUUCGGCUUGUUCAGGAUAACGAUUCCCAUGGAAAAUCGUUUUACUUUAGGGUCAACGAUGUCGACAUCUUCUGUGGUGGUUCGUGUUGGAUACCAACAGAUAGCUUCCUGACCAAUGUGACGCCCGAAAGAUACCGAGCGUGGAUCGAACUAAUGGUGCCUGCCAACCAGAAAAUGAUCAGGGUAUGGGGCGGGGGAAUUUAUGAGCACGACGCGUUUUAUGACGCAUGCGAUGAGUUGGGAAUCCUGGUGUGGCAAGAUUUCAUGUUCGGUUGUGGCAACUAUCCUUGCUUCCCUGCCAUCCUCGAUUCCAUCGAGGCAGAAGCUGUGGCCAAUGUCCGACGAAUCCGUCAUCAUCCGUGUCUGGCAAUAUUGGCAGGUAACAACGAAGACUAUCAGGUGCAAGAGUCGGUAGGCUUAACUUAUGAUUAUGAGGACAAGAAUGAAGAGCACUGGCUCAAGUCCGACUUCCCAGCCCGAUACAUUUACGAGUCACUGCUGCCUCGAGUCUCGGCCGCCGAAGCUCCCGGGAUUCCAUAUUGGCCUGGAUCGCCGUGGAGCCAUGGUAAGGUCAGCUCGGACCCCACCGUUGGGGAUAUGCACCAGUGGAACGUAUGGCACGGCACACAGGAGAAAUACCAGAUCUUCGAUUCACUUGGUGGACGCUUCAACUCAGAAUUCGGCAUGGAGGCAUUUCCCCAUAUUGCAACUAUCAAGACCUUUGUGGAGAAGGAGGAAGACCUCUACCCUCAGAGCCAUGUUCUCGACUUCCAUAACAAAGCUGACGGACAUGAACGACGAAUCGCCACCUAUCUGGUAGAGAACGUGAGGACUGCAACAAGGUUGGAGGCCUACAUCCACUUGACACAGCUCAUCCAAUGCGAGGCGCUGAUGUAUGGUUAUCGUGGAUGGCGGAAGCAGUGGGGUGACGGGCGACACUGUGGUGGAGCAUUGGUUUGGCAGCUUAACGACUGCUGGCCCACGACGAGCUGGUCAAUCGUGGACUAUUAUCUGAGAAGGAAGCCUGCAUAUUACGCCAUGGCGCGUGUCUUGGCCCCGGUGGCGGUAGGCAUUCGCCGGGCUCAUCAUGACUGGAGUGUAACACAUGCUCGCGAACCCAAGACACAGGACUGGGAAUUGUGGGUGGUCAGUUCGCGCCUCACAGAAAUCACUGCCGACGUGGAGGUAAGAUUUGUCUCAGUUCGAACGGGCCGCGAGAUCAAGGAGAAGGUCGUGAAGCAGGGCAUCCGGCUAAUCGCUAAUGGUACGACACAUGUGUCAAAGGGCAAGGUUGACAACGUGCAGGAAGAGCCCCAUGUUCUGGCUGCGCGAAUUUGGGUGGAUGGGAAAUUGGUGGGCCGCGACACCGAUUGGCCGCAACCUCUCAAGUACCUACAGUUUCCAGAUCGUAACGUCAAGGUUGAGGUUCUGGGAGACGAGAUGCAUGUUACGGCCGAGAGGCCCGUCAAGUGCCUUGUCUUUGAAGAACGUGAAGGAUGCCAUCUCAGCGACAGUGCCAUUGAUGUCGUGCCCAACGACAAGCAAAUCAUCCAUGUCCGAGGUCUCAAGACUGGCGAUCCUGCUUUGGACUGGACGUACCUAGGGGCUGGGGAGCAAUGAGAUGGACAUAAGAGGUGAGGAGCAUCCACGCAUCAUACCAAAUGGUUGCAGCUUCACGCAGGGGCAGCGUUGCAUUGUUAUAAACGAGACCUUUGACAAUACGACGAAUGCCUGGCUUGGGGCGGGCCGAGGGAAGAGUGCGAGCAUCCCAGAUCCAUGCAAGCAUCAACCGAUAUUCUAGAAAACCAAAAGAUAGCGUGAUGGAAGCCGCAAGGGAGGAAAGAUGGCGAUGGCGAGAUAGGGACUCUGACUCGUCUGGGAGCGUUGCAACUGUUGAGUCGGUAGAAUACCGGAAUGCGAGGUACCCGGAGUAUCCCAACCACCCAACUACUCGAGAAGCUACCGGAGAGGUACAGGGGUCGAAGGACUCGUGGGAUCCAAAGAAAGUCUGCUAUCAGCGAACAACCGUCAUGAGAGUGUACGAAGAGACGAUAGCGAGCAAGGGCAAAUAUUCGGAAGCCACAAAAAGGUUGGCAAGCGGCUAAGUCUGAGUCUGUGAGCUGGAGGACUACGAUGAUACUCUACCGAGGCUCCCGAGGCUACCUCGAUAUGCUUCUUAGUACAGGUAAGCUUCGUUCGUCGGAUGAAUUUUGGGCCUUGGACCAGUUCCUGUCCCGCAGCCUGUCGGCUAAAAAGGUCAGGAAAAAGGCUGUUAUCCAGGAGAGCAAAGAACAAGACAGGGGAUGGUAUGGGCCGGGACGAAAGGAACUCUUCCUGCCCUUGCAGCAUCAAGUGAACAGCCCACUGUAUACUUACAUAUGUGGCUGUAUUGUGGAAUAUCCACAAGUAGUGUUGCCUUGCGCUCUUAGAGGCUGAUCGCUCUGCUCUAGGGUGCUUGGUGGUGGUGGUGUUUCGUCAAUUACUGGGCGUCCUCGCCUGACAAAUUGUUCCCUGGUUGAUUUUCGGGUGACAAGGGGGGGCGAGUUUCUACUAUUGUAUGUAGGCUUUGAAGCCAGGCAUUCAAAUGAUGGCCCCGUCUCGUCACUGCCCGGCUAACUAACUCUCAUCAAUGGUAAGGACAAGCAGCUGCCGAAUAUAUCUCAACAUGGAGGGCCCCACCGAAUGAGAUGUCUAGCUUCGCUGCACAUUGCUGGACUAGGGCAUUGAGACACAGAACACGAGGGUGCAGACUCACCCUGCGCUGCCGGGUGUGCGAAGCAGCAAGCCGCUAAUUACCUUGUCGCUUCUCUCCUUGAACGG